UCAUUCUGAGCUUGGAAGAGUAGGAACAGCAUCUCUCUUGGAUACGGAUCAGUCUUGUGCCAUCAAAAUUAGCAGUAAGCAGACUGUAUAAUUUUUAGUCCAUACAGCCAUCCUUUUUCCUUGGAUGCUGUCAGAUUUUUUCAGAUCCUGAUUUACAAUUUUUGCUUUGCCUAUUGACCAUCCUUUGCUUUCUCAAGCCAUGGGUGUAUCACCCUGCUGAACUUGGUUAAUUUUUUUUUUCUCUUUAAGAAGGCUAUGUAUAUUUACUGGGACAUGGAUGCAUAAUUACUGAGCUCUCUGAGGACAAGGAACAAAGGAGUUUUUUUUUUUCUUUAUUUGUGACUCUGUGAAGAACAGUCUGAUGGAGAAGGAAUUACCGGUGAUGCGAAAUUUGGAAUCCAGCUGGAAUGGGCUGCACUACAAGUGUCAUUCUGUUUGAAGGUAUUCGGAGCAUUAUAGAGAGAAACUGCAGCUAUAUAUGUAAGCAGCCCGAUGAGCAAAAUGCUUUGGAAUAUACAGACCUGAGUUCAGCAAGCGAAGAUUCAAGAGUAUUGAUUGAGCCAGCCUUGGCCAAACCAAAAAUAAUCGAACCACUAGAUUAUGAAAAUGUCAUUAUUCAGAGGAAGACGCAAAUUAUCAAUGAUGCUCUUCGUGAGAUGUUGUUGUUCCCCUUUGAUGAUUUUGGGACUGAAAUAGUGAAGCGCCAGGGUCGAACUGCUUACUCCACAGUUCCCACAAAUGCUGAAGAUGUGGCACAGAGCCUAUUUGUCAAAGAGUGCAUCAAAACCUACAACUCUGACUGGCAUGUUGUGAAUUACAAAUAUGAAGCUUACGCAGGAGAUUUCAGACAACUUCCAAGUAAAGUAUCCAGACCAGAAAAGCUCCCAUCACAUGUUUUUGAAGUUGAUGAAGAUGUGGAUAAAGAUGAGGAUGCAGCAUCACUAGGAUCCCAGAAAGGUGGCAUUACAAAACAAGGAUGGCUAUACAAGGGAAAUAUGAACAGUGCAAUCAGUGUGACAAUGAGGUCAUUCAAGAGAAGAUUUUUUCAUCUCGUCCAACUUGGAGAUGGCUCAUACAACCUGAAUUUCUACAAAGAUGAAAAAAUAUCUAAAGAACCCAAGGGGUCUAUCUUUCUGGAUUCUUGCAUGGGAGUGGUUCAGAGCAACAAAGUGCGCCGCUAUGGUUUUGAACUGAAGAUGCAGGACAAGAGCAGCUUUCUUUUGGCUGCAGACACCGAACUAGAAAUGGAAGACUGGAUACUAACGCUAAACAAAAUCUUACAGAGCUAUUUUGAAGCUGCCAUGCAAGAAAAGAGAAACGGAGAGUCACAUGAUGAUGACCUGAGACCAGAGAGUACAUCUUUGGAUGGUUUUCCAGAUAUUGGCAAGAGUUCCAGAGAUCUUGAAAUGAAAAUUAAAACAGAAGAAAGACUGAACUUGUUUACAUUAGAUCCUGACACACAGAGACUUGAUUUCUCAGGAAUAGAGCCUGAUGUGAAACCAAUGGAGGAGAAGUUUGGGAAACGAAUUCUAGUAAAAUGUAAUGACCUGUCAUUUAACCUCCAAAGUUGUGUGCAAGAAAAUGAAGAAGGACCUACGACCAAUGUGGAGCCAUUCUUUGUCACAUUGUCCCUUUUUGAUAUCAAGAACAACAAGAAGAUAUCAGCUGACUUCCAUGUUGAUUUGAAUCAUCCCUCAGUUAGGCAGAUGACAGCUGAUGCAUCACAGCAGCAGAUGAAUGGUGGCUGCAGUAAUGCUGAUGUUUCACAGAGGAUUCUUUUUGGCGUCUCAGAGUCCAUGUUACAGUACCCUAAACAGGGAAUCUUCUCUGUUACCUGUCCUCAUGCUGAUAUAUUUCUUGUUGCGAGGAUAGAAAAGGUUCUGCAAGGGGGCAUUGCACAUUGCGCCGAACCCUACAUGAAGAGUUCAGACUCAGCUAAGGCUGCACAGAAAGUACUGAAGAAUGCCAAGUUAGCGUGUAGCAGACUGGGGCAAUAUCGUAUGCCUUUUGCAUGGGCUGCCAGGCCUUUGUUUAAGGACACUUCCGGAACACUUGACAAAAAUGCCAAAUUCUCUUCAUUGUAUAGACAGGACAGCAAUAAGCUUUCAAAUGAAGACAUGUUGAAGUUACUUGCAGAUUUCAGAAAGCCUGAAAAAAUGUCCAAGUUCCCUGUUAUCCUAGGGAAUAUAGACAUUACAGUAGACAAUGUUGCACCUGAUUUUUCAAAUUAUGUAAAUUCAACGUACAUUCCAAUGAAGCAGUUCGAAUAUGGUUCUAAAACAGUUGUAACAUUUGAAGUGGAAGAAUUUGUUCCAUGCAUACCUAAACACUCGCAGCCUUUCACCAUCUACAGUAAUCACCUCUAUGUAUACCCAAGACACUUGAAGUAUGACAGUCAAAAGUCAUUUACAAAGGCUAGAAAUAUUGCUGUCUGCAUUGAAUUCAAGGAUUCUGAUGACGAUGAUGCCCAGUCUGUAAAGUGUAUCUAUGGCAGACCAGGUGGACCUCUGUUUACACGAUCAGCUUAUGCAGUUGUCUUACAUCACCAUCAGAAUCCUGAGUUUUAUGAUGAGAUUAAAAUAGAACUUCCUACCCAGCUCCAUGAUAAACAUCACUUAUUGUUCACAUUCUAUCACGUAAGCUGUGACACCUCAAGUAAAGGAACUACAAAGAAAAAGGACCUUGUUGAAACACAAGUGGGUUAUUGCUGGCUUCCAUUGUUAAAGGAUGGCAGGGUGGUAACAAGUGAGCAGCAUAUUCCUGUAGCAGCUAAUCUUCCUGCUGGUUACCUAGGUUACCAGGAAAUCGGAAUGGGAAAGCAUUCUGGCCCAGAAAUUAAAUGGGUAGAAGGAGGUAAACCUUUGUUCAAGAUUGCAACCCACUUUGUGUCCACAGUGUACACCCAGGACCAACAUUUGAACAACUUUUUCCAGUACUGCCAGAAGACAGACAAUGGAGCUCAGGCCUCAGGAAAUGAAUUGAUCAAGUAUCUCAAGAGUAUGCAUGCCAUGGAAGGCCAUGUGGUAAUCAAAUUUUUGCCCACAACCCUAAAUCAGUUAUUCAGAGUACUCACCAGAACAUCUCAAGAUGAUGUUGCAGUAAAUGUAAGCAGAGUAAUCAUCCAUAUUGUGUCCCAGUGCCAUGAAGAAGGAUUGGAGAGCUACUUAAGAUCCUAUGUAAAGUAUGUUUUUAAGACUGAGCCAAUAACUGACACAAAUACCAAGACUGUUCACGAAGAACUGACCAAGUCAAUGACUACAAUUCUUAAACCAUCAACUGACUUUCUCACCUGCAACAAACUACUGAAGUAUUCGUGGUUCUUCUUUGAUGUUCUGAUCAAGUCGAUGGCUCAACAUCUGAUUGAAAACAACAGAGAGAGGAUGGGAAGGACUCUCCGGUUUCCUGCUACUUACCAGCAUUCUGUGGAGACCCUUGUGAAUUUGUUGGUGCCACACAUCACCCAGAAAUACAGAGAGUAUCCUGAGGCAACAAAAAAUGCAAAUCACAGUCUUGCCUGCUUUAUAAAACGCUGCUUCACUUUUAUGGACAGAGGUUUUGUGUUUAAACAGAUCAACAGCUACUUAUGUUGCUUCAGUCCAGGAGAGGCAAAGGCCCUCUUUGAAUUCAAGUUUGAGUUCCUGCGCAGUGUGUGUAACCAUGAGCAUUAUGUUCCUUUAAAUUUACCAAUGCCAUUCGGAAAGGGACGGAUUCAGAGAUACCAAGACCUUCAGCUUGACUACUCCCUCUCAGAUGAGUACUGCCGAAAUCACUUCUUGGCUGGCCUCCUACUCAGGGAGGUAGGAAGUGCACUUCAGGAAUUCAGGGAUGUUCGACAGAUUGCAAUUAGUGUACUGAAAGGAAUGAUGAUAAAGCAUGCCUUUGAUGACAGAUAUCCAUCACGGAGUCAUCAAAGUCGACUAGCCACUUUGUAUUUUCCAAUUUUUGGACUGCUACUGGAAAAUGUACAGAGGCUGAAUGUGAAAGAUAUAUCCCCUUUCCCAGUGAACUGCACAAACAAUAAUACAAAAGAUGAUUUCCUUCUAACUCUACCCACCUCUGGAAAUCCUUUAUCAACUCCACAGAAGCAAAACACAUUGGACAGCAGUCUGCACAAAGAUGUUCUGGGCGCUAUUUCUGGCACAGGUUCUCCACAUGCUUCUUCUACUCCAAAUUUCAAUGCUGUGAAACAUGCGGACUCGAGAGGUUCUCUUAUUAGCACUGAUUCUGGGAGCAGUAUUCCGGAAAGGAGCAAUGAAAAAACAAAUUCCCUUGAUAAGAACCAACACAGUGGCACCUUGGGGGGAUCAUUAGUUCGAUGUGACAAGUUGGAUCAGUCGGAGAUCAAAAGUCUGCUCAUGUGUUUUCUUCAGCUGCUGAAGUCUAUGUCAGAAGAUGCACUGUUUACUUUCUGGAACAAAGCUUCAUCUCAAGAGAUUUUAGAUUUCUUCACAGUUGCCGAAGUCUGUCUUCAUCAGUUCCAGUAUAUGGGAAAACGAUAUAUAGCCAGGAACCAGGAGGGGUUGGGACCUAUAGUUCAUGAUCGGAAAUCUCAGACUUUGCCUGUUUCCCGUAACAGAGCAGGAAUGAUGCAUGCCCGAUUGCAGCAGCUCAGCAGCCUGGAUAACUCUUUCACUUUUAACCACAGCUACGGCCAUUCUGAAGCUGAUGUUCUUCACCAGUCCCUUCUCGAAGGAAAUAUUGCCACAGAAGUAUGCCUCACUGUUUUGGAUACACUUUCCUUGUUUACCUUAGCUUUCAAGAAUCAACUUAUUGUGGACAAUGGCCAUAAUCCUCUGAUGAAAAAGGUUUUUGAUGUUCACCUCUGCUGCCUUCGAAAAAAUCAGUCUGAAACUUCACUAAAGCACGUCUUCACUGCACUGCGGUCUUUUAUUUAUAGGUUCCCAUCUACCUUCUAUGAAGGAAGAGCGGACAUGUGUGCUGCUUUGUGUUAUGAAAUUCUAAAGUGCUGCAAUUCCAAACUGGGAUCCAUUCGGAAUGAUGCUUCUCACCUUCUUUACUUCCUGAUGAGGCACAAUUUUGACUAUACAAAGAGGAGGUCCUUUGUGAGAACUCAUCUGCAGGUCAUCAUCUCGGUGAGCCAGUUGAUAGCUGAUGUUGUUGGAAUUGGAGGAACUAGAUUCCAGCAGUCUCUGUCUAUCAUUAAUAACUGUGCUAAUGAUGAUAAGAUUGUUAAGCAUACUGCUUUUCCUUCUGAAGUGAAAGAUCUAACAAAGCGGAUUCGUACAGUGUUAAUGGCAACUGCACAAAUGAAAGAACAUGAGAAUGAUCCAGAAAUGCUGGUUGAUCUACAGUACAGCUUGGCAAAGUCAUAUGCCAGCACUCCUGAGCUAAGGAAGACUUGGUUGGACAGCAUGGCAAAAAUCCAUGUGAAAAAUGGUGACCUUUCAGAGGCAGCGAUGUGUUAUGUCCAUGUAGCAGCACUUGUGGCAGAAUAUCUAAAGAGGAAAGGGAUGUUUAACCAGGGCUGCAGAGCUUUCAAGGUGAUCACUCCGAAUAUCGAUGAAGAAGCUUCAAUGAUUGAGGAUGUUGGAAUGCAGGAUGUCCAUUUUAAUGAAGAUGUACUGAUGGAGCUGUUGGAGCAGUGUGCAGAUGGGUUAUGGAAAGCUGAGCGCUACGAGACGAUUGCUGACAUCUACAAACUAAUUAUUCCUAUUUAUGAACAGCACAGAGAUUUUCAGAAACUUGCACAUGUAUAUGAAAUUCUCCACCGUGCCUAUAGUAAAAUUACAGAAGUCAUGCAUACAGGCAAGCGACUCUUAGGCACUUACUUCCGAGUGGCAUUUUUUGGACAGGCAGCGCAGUACCAGUUUACAGACAGUGAGACAGAUGCAGAGGGAUUUUUUGAAGAUGAGGAUGGAAAAGAGUAUGUUUACAAAGAACCAAAACUUACCCCUCUAUCUGAGAUUUCCCAACGAUUAGAGAAACUUUAUUCAGAUAAGUUUGGGCCAGAGAAUGUCAAAAUGAUUCAAGAUUCUUCAAAGGUCAAUCCCAAAGAUUUAGAUACAAAAUAUGCAUAUAUUCAAGUCACCCAUGUUACCCCAUACCAUGAAGAAAAAGACCUGCAGGACAGGAGGACAGAGUUUGAAAGAAAUCACAACAUCCAGCGUUUUGUGUUUGAGAUGCCUUUCACAGUGUCUGGCAAAAAGCAAGGAGGAGUGGAAGAGCAGUGCAAACGGAGAACCAUCUUGACAACUAUGCAUUACUUCCCUUAUGUGAAGAAACGCAUCCCAGUCAUGUAUCAGCGCCAUUUAGAUCUGAACCCAAUUGAAGUUGCAAUCGAUGAAAUGAGUAGAAAGGUUGCUGAACUGAAGCAGUUAUGCUCCUGUAAUGAUGUGGACAUGAUCAAACUACAACUUAAGCUUCAGGGCAGUGUCAGUGUUCAGGUAAAUGCUGGCCCAUUAACAUACGCAAGAGUUUUUUUGGAUGAUGCAAAUGUGAAGAAGUAUCCAGACAACAAAGUUAAGCAGUUAAAGGAAGUUUUCCGGCAAUUUGUGGAUGCUUGUGGCCAGGGGUUAAGUAUAAAUGACAGAUUAAUUAAAGAUGACCAGUUAGAGUACCAAGAAGAAAUGAAGGCCAACUACAGAGAAAUGGCUCGAGAGCUUUCUGAGAUUAUGCAUGAACAGAUCAACCCAUUUGAGGAUGGAAUGAAGAUAAAUGUAAUCCCAAACUCAAUGCACAUUUUCAAUGCCAUCAGCGGGACACCAUCAAGCACAACAGUUCACGGGAUAUCUAACUCUUCCUCAGUUGCAUGAUCCUUGUUGAAAUUAAAUUUUAUAUAUAUAUAUAUAUAUAUAUAUAUAUAUAUAUAUAUAUAUAUAUAUAUAUAUAGAUAGAUAUAUUUUUAUUAAAGUAUAGCUUUGUGUUAUUAUUUGUACACUCAGGAUCCUUUAAAUGUUAAUAUUGGGCACGUGCAAGCAGCUGAAAUUAUGGCACUAAGAACUAAGCACAAAUUUUUAGCUUAGCAUACCAAAUGUUUAUUCCUGGAUGACCUGCUGUAAUUAACAUGCACAGAAUAUUGUAAAUGUUUUAUCUGGAGCUAUUGUUAAAAUUUUUGUAUGAAAUAGGUGAUGUCUUGAAGAAAGUGAAUACAUUGUAUAGUGUAUAUUUUUAUGCAAGUUUAUUUGAACUGUUGUCAUCUUUUAUGCAAGUAUUAUUAUAAAAAUACAGAUGUGAAACAAGGGAUCUAUGUAAGAUGUGCUAAAUGUACCAACAUUAGUGAAAUCAGAAUGCAAGUGUUCUGCCUAUCCAGAGCAGUAUGGAGGACAUUGCAGUAUAAUUAAUUCAGUGUUGUGUUUCUUUCAGCCUAAUGGAGAAAGUGCUGUAAAGAUGCAAAAUCUUUCCAUGUAUAGGCUGGAGUAUUAUGUUAAAGGCAAAGAUCAAAAUGUGGUAUGUACCCACCUGGACUAGUUUUCAGUUUCAUCUGUCUGCACAUGCAUUUUUAGUACCUGUGGUAUAACUGGAUAAUGAGUACUCAGAUUGUGUAUCAAUAAUCUUGGGGGGGGGGUAAGCUGUGCUCAACUUAAAAAGACAUUCACACAAAUAUAUGUAUAUAUUGUUUAAUACAGUAAACGUUCCUGUAUAUAGCUGUUUGCAUUGUUUGUACACAUUGUGCUUAACUGCUUCAAAACCUUUGCUUUUAAUACUAAUUGUUACAGAGAAAUUUGUGCUUGAUCACUGUACACAUACUAUAUAUUUUACAGUAUAUUUUAUCAUUGUAUAUAAAUGAGUGCAAUAUCAGGCAUAAUUUAAGGUGUACACAGUCUUUGCUUUGUUUUAGUUUAUACACUGUAUAAAUAUGUAUCUGUUUGCCAAAGUGGUGGAAUAUGUAAUCAGUGAACCUGUGUACUGUGGAACUUGAUGGAGUAAUUUAAAGCUUUUACUAUCUGAUUGUUCUUUUAAGACACUAAAUAAUUUUAUAUUUGGUAUUAAUUUUUUUUUUUAAUUUUAUUUAACUGGAAACAAUGCCCUGCUGUAUUUAAAUGUUCCUUAUGCCAUCUUUUAUUAAUAAAAUUGCUUAAUUCUCUGUAA